UUUAAAAGAUGUCGGUUUAGGACUUCACUUAUUUCCAAGAAAUCAUUCGGAUGUCCAGCUGCAUCACCAACCCCCUCAUGUGAAACCGAGUUCAACCGGAGUCAAAUCUGCACCAAAUUAAAAAAAAAAAAAAAAAAUAGCCAAGGUUAUUUUUUUUACGUGUGCCGCGCGCGUUGCUGUGUAAAGUCGAUGUUUGUCCAGGACGCUCGUGCCUCGGCGCUGCCUCUCAUUCAUGUUUCAGAGGAAAGGAACCCGCGUCCGACCAUACAAUGAACCAGUGUGUCCUUGUCCGACACAAUGCAGCAAGAUGCUACGAGGGACAUUACGGUUUCUCACAGCACCGAGGACGGGUCCUUUUUACUCGAUUGCCGAGAGAGACCAGCUAAAGAAUGAAGCUCCAUCCACUGCAUAACAAGCUAUGACGAUUAUAAAAACUGUAUAGACAUCCAGAACCAAGCCAGGACUUAAGAAUGAGGACCAAAUAUGCAAUCGUCUUCAUUUGUAUUGUGGCCCUGGUCAUCAUUGAAAAGGAAAGCAACAUCCUGUCAAGGGUCUCUGAUAAGCUGAUCCAGAGGCAGAAUCCACAGCAGACUCCACAAACUCCGCUGGAUUACAGCAACUCCACAGAAAAUGGCUCCCUGAACGUGUUAAAAAUGCUGCUUUCCAAACUCACUGACACAAAAGGGAAUUACUCAAGUUUCUCUGAGGAGCAGGAGGAGGAUGAACUCGACGAUUUGGGCACGUACAGCUUCAGCGGCGGCCGUAAGCAUAUAUUACUGUUGGCCACCACAAGAACAGGCUCCUCUUUUGUGGGGGAAUUUUUCAACCAGCACGGUGGAAACAUGUUCUACCUGUUUGAGCCUCUGUGGCAUGUGGAGCGCAUGCUGACCACGGCCACCGAGUCCAACAAUGGGACAGUGUUGGCAGGAAUUUAUCGGGAUGUACUCCAGGGCCUGUUUCUCUGCGAUUUCUCUCCUCUUGAGAAGUUCAUCUCUCCCUCACCUCGGGACCACGUCACCCCGGCCCUUUUCCGCAGAGAGUCAAGCCUUUCACUGUGUGAAGAACCUGUCUGCACUCCUGUGAUCAAAGAUGUUUUUGAGAGGUAUCACUGUAAGACACGACGCUGCGGACCGCUCAACUUGACCCUUGCAUCACAAUCUUGUCUUUCUAAGCAACACCAUGCCAUUAAGACUGUCCGUGUGCGCCAGCUGGACACGUUGCAGCCCCUGGUCGAGGAUCCUCGUUUGGAUGUGAGAAUUAUCCAGCUUGUUCGAGAUCCGCGGGCCAUCUUAGCAUCCCGAAUGGUAGCUUUCUCAUCCAAGUACCAGACGUGGAAGACCUGGGCGCAGGACGGCCAGGUGCCCGAGGACGACGAGGAGGUGAAAAGGCUAAAAGGAAACUGCGACCACAUCAGGAUGUCCGCGGAGGUGGGACUGAGCCGACCUCACUGGCUGAGGCGUCGUUACAUGUUGGUGCGUUACGAGGAUAUUGCACGUUACCCCAUGCAGAAGGCAGAGGAGAUGUACAGGUUCACAGGUAUACCAUUCAGUCCACAAGCGAGAGAAUGGAUUCUGAGGAACACCCAGACCACACAGGGCGCAAGCGGGAUUUACUCCACGCAGAAGAACUCAUCAGAACAGGCAGAGAAAUGGAGAUUUAGCAUUCCCUUUACACUGGCUCAGGUAGUACAGAGGGUGUGUGGACCCACCAUGAAGCUGUUUGGCUACAGAUUUGUCAAUGAUGAAAAAACACUGAUCAAUAAGUCCAUCAGUUUGCUUGAGGAGAAACUGUUUCAUUUACAAAGAAACUCACUGUGAAUCUGCAACACACUGCACAUGAUGGAUCGAAACAGGAGAAGUUGUGACUGCACAGAUUAAAAGGAAAAAAGUAGCUAAUUGUGCCACAAUACUACAAGGGAAGUAUUUCUCACUGAUAAAAGGCCAUACAGUACUCAUAUUCACCAACAAUGUGCCUCAUUGUAACAAGACACUUGAUAUAGAAACGUAUUUAUUUGGAAACUAUAUUAACAAAAAGUCUGGUACUGAAGCUUUAUAUCAUGCUGUGUUUUCAUGUAAUUGAAAUAAGCAUAGAUGUCAACCCUGCCACAUAAGAGCUUAUUAUAAAGGAAUAUGAAGACAGUCUGAGGGUAGCUGCUUAUAUUUAGAUUUUCAGGGAGAAACUACGCUCGGAGUACCAUUGAAAGGAACGUGUAUAUGUUUUGUUGUGUGUGAAAUGACGGUGUAUCUCUUGAUAUGAAUAUGGUCUUAGAUGUUUUAACUCUGAAUUCUUACAAUUUGGAUUUUAAUUUCAUAUUCAUCCGUAAUAACAUGGACUGUACGCAGCAUGUUAAUAAUUCUGGAUCAUUGCAGCAUUGGUAUUUGAGAGUUAAAACAUAUUUGGAGAAAAUCAAGAUAAUAGUAGCGGUCUAGUGGUGUGUAUCUUGUGUGGUUUGCCUUCUACAUUAUCUGACUUUAAAAAGAAAAAGCAGGAAUUACCCUUUAAUGUCUGUGUAGUUCAACCUGUUACAUAUCAGUAGCUAUGCACUUAAUAGAUUCCCAUGAUAUUAGAAGUGAAUUGCUUUAAUGGGUUUUACACAUUAGCCAUAUUUGCCUCAGGUGAAGAAGUGAAUGUAAAAAAUGUAACUUGUGUCAUCUUAAUCGUAUCUUCACAACCUUAUCAUAACUUAAUAUGAGCUUCACCUAUAUGCAAUAUAAAACCAUUUUAUUUUUAUGUAAUUCAAAUGAAACGCAAUAUACAGUAUAUCACAGAGAAGAGGUUAACAGAGGAUAUAUUUAAGAUAUAUUUAUGUCUAUAUGUACUGAGGCAUGGACCAAGAUGGAGAGUUAGUUACAUUCCUGAAAUAUUUAACGUGUUUACAAUGCACAUGUGUUAAAGUGUUGAUUUUUUUCCAAUAAAAAUCCAGUAGCAGUGCCAUCCCAGUGUUGCUUUCCUAAUGUAAAGUACACCAUUAGUUUUUCUACGUAAACAGCUUCUCAGGCACUAAACUGCUUAAACCUGUUGACAGACUGCCUUAAAUUAGCAGGUGAAGUCAUAAUUGAACAUUUUUCUUUCAGAACAAGUGUCUUCUUAGAUAAUGUCAAACCAAAUAGAAACAAUAUACAAAUAUAUUUAUACAGAUAGAGAAAUAUUAACAAAUCCCAGGAUGUUUUCUACCAUUGGGAUCACUGUGCACACACCUCAUACAGCUUAUACAGUUUAUACAUAUAUAGUAUAAGCUGUAUAUUCUAACAUAAAGCCUACAGUGUUGACAUAACUUUAAGUGAAACCCUGUACUCAUCUUGAUGGUAUAUGAAGGUAGGCACUGUGAAUCUAGUUCAAUAGCAGCAUUGUGUGCAGCUUGGCGGAGGGGCUGCCAAGGCUGGUAUGCCGCUAUGGAAGGGAUAUGUGUUAGAGGUACAUAGUAGUGGUCUUUCACUGCCUUACUGUUGAGAACAUAAAUAUGAAUACAUUACAACGGACAUGCCUUGGGUCAUCGAGACUUAGUUACAUAAGUAAGCAGAAAUCAUACAGUCAAAUACUAUGCUUAGUAUAUAGGUACAUUUCAACUCAAUACAGAAACCUAAAGUCAGAAUGUCUUUAUAUGAUAUUGUAUAUGAACAGUUUAGUGAGGAAGGUUUGCGUAUGCUUGUUUUUGUGAUUGUGGUUAGUUUGUGUUGGAAUCUGUCGAUAACAGCCUGUCUGCUAAUCUCUAUGUCGAUGACUUGUUUUAUUCUGAAAAAAAAAAAAAAAAAAACUAGCACUCACUCCCAGGGUCUUUACUGCCUUUCUUCAGCUUUUACAGCUGCGAGACUGAGCAACAUUAGUCACCAUUAGCUUAGAAAUGCAGGCAUCUAAUGUUAAACAAAUAACAAACUCUCAAUGUAAUACAGAUGUCAACACAAACUUCACGCGAGCGCAUAAGCAUAUCGUUAGCUUCAUAGCAUAAUAGUUAUAUUUUUGUGAGAUCUUCGUAAUUUUACUCUCUUAACACUGCUGCUUCAUUUUGUAACAUUGGCUAUGAUCUGAAAACUGCUAUGCUAUGAGGCUAACAAUACGCAAAUCUUUCACAUUAAACAUAUUGAACUGGUGUUUGUGUAUAGAAUGAGUAUCUUUUGCUCCAUGAGAACCUGCACAGCCUGGCUAUAACGUCUAUUUUCUGCAGUUUUUUGCAACAUGAUUUUGAGGUCAGAAGUUCAGCUCAUUGCAAAGUAUAAAUUGUAAGGGAACGCAACACACUAAGCAUACAGAUGGAUGACUGAAAAAUAUUGUAGCUUAUGUUAAAGACAUGGUGUUAGGAAUUUCUGUAGUUGUUUCCAUGUUGUUUUCUGUUGUGAAAACUUGUUUCUGAGAUUCAUUAAAGCUGACGAUUUACCAGC